AUGGGCAAAGACUCCAAGAUGCCCACCGACCGGCCCAAGCACCAGAUGGUCUACUUUCCCGGCCUCACCUCCGAAGUGAGAGCGUUCGGCCAGUUCAGAAAGGUCCUCCACACCGGUCUCUACUCCCAGCUCGUGUCCAUGGAGAUCCCCGUCGGAGGCGAUAUCGGUGAUGAGGUGCACACCGUCGACCAGGUCUUGCUCUUCACCAGCGGAGAAGGGAAGGCGACCGUCGCUGGCAAGGACCAGGUAGGAUAUCUCUCUUAGCAAUGUCUUUGAACGAGCGAUGCUGAUUACGAACAGAACGUGAAAGCCUCCGACGUCGUCAUCGUCCCAGCCGGCACCCAACACCAGUUCAUCAACACCAGCAAGACCCAACCCCUGGAGCUGGUCACAAUCUACUCUCCCGCCGAGCACGAUCCGCAGACCGUCCACCAGACCAAGGAAGAGGGCGAUGAAGAGGAGGAGAGCGGCAAGGACGAAGCCCCCGAGUGGAGCCAGCAAUCCAAAGACUAUAAUGAGAAGAAUGAAUAUGUCAAGGAGAGUGGUGGGCCUUACGAGGGGGGUGAUGAUGGUAGACAUCAGAAGUCGUAA